CAGUCAGCCCCUGGGUCCUCCGCGUUGGUGAGCAAGGCUGUUUGAUUGAGUAAGUGAAUGGUUACUUCUCGGUGGAGUGCACAUCGGACGCUAGUGCUCCCCUUAGAGUGUUCGAUUCAAGCAUGCUGUGUUGCAUUUCAGGAGGAGGAUCUGGAGCCCGUGCGAUUGUGAUUGCGAGGUUUUAAGGUCGGGGUUAUGAGAGCGGCAUUCUGAUCUAGUGCAAGAGUGUGUAACCAUGGCGGAGGCCGGGGGCGCCUUCGUGACGCGUGCGUUCGAGCGCAUGCUCAAGGAUUCCGCUGGCCGCAAAUUUGGCAGCUUGCAAACUGCUCUGAAGGCGUAUCUCGAGGGGAAACCUGUGUCACCACCGCAUGAGCCCCCUGAAGAGCCAGAGCCAGUUUUUCGAGAUGAAAUAUCCGUCGUCCAAGACAAUCUCUCGGAAGGUGAUCCAUCAAGUCCUAAAGAAGCAGACGAGAAGUUUGAGGAUACCAGCCCGGCCAUAUCUCCCGCCAAGCCCAGCACCGGACAGGCAGCUGCUGCAGCCCUAGCUGAGGCCGGACACAUCCUAGAAGGUUCGGAAGCAGAUUUGGUGAUCCUGCCCUUGCGUCUCGCCUUUGAGACGAAGCAGUCCAAGCUUGUGGAACCAGCUCUAGACUGCCUACAUAAACUCAUAUCAUACGGACAUCUGGUGGGAGAAGCUGGUGUUGAUGGAGGAAGGAAUGCGCAGUUGGCAACUGAGAUACUUAACAUGGUCUGUGCUUCUGCUGACACUAGCGCACCCGACAGUUUGGUCCUGCAGGUCAUCAAGGUGCUUCUGACUGCGGUAGCUUCACCUACUUUUCAAGUGCACGGAGAAUGCUUGUUGACCGCUGUUCGAACGUGCUACAACAUCGUCUUGAGCAGCAAGAACCCCGUGAACCAGGCGACUGCCAAGGCAACUUUGACCCAGAUGAUCAACAUCGUUUUGAGGCGCAUGGAGAUCGAUGUAGAGGCUGGCAAGAGUGUGGCACCGCCAUCGGCACACGCAGGCGACGAUGCACGUGCUGGUGGCUCCAACGAUGAAGUCCCGGAUGCCUCAUCGAAUGGACAGGUUGCUCACGGAGAAGAUGGGCAGAGCACAGUAGGGCCAGCAUUGACGUACAGCAGGACUACCACAAUUCACAUAGACCCGGAGACCGGGGAAGCAAGGAACGCAAGCACAGGGGAGACGAUGGAAACGCCCCUUCGGUCACCUCGGCCAGUGCCAAGCACUCCUCCACCAGUGCCGAUUUCGGAGUUCCAACAUCUGGCGACUGAAUCUGAUCUCAAGGGCAUUGAAGCUGCAUUGGACAAAGCCGUGACGCCCGAGGGAGCGAUCAAGAACCAUGAUGGAGGGGACUUGGACCUUUUGAGCUUGGGCCAGAAAGACGCUCUUCUUGUCCUCCGCACUAUCUGCAAAAUGGCUAUGAAGGAUGGGAGUGACGAUUUUCUGAGUAGAACCAAGCUACUUUCUCUGGAGUUGCUCCAGGGAUGCCUGGAAAGUGUGAACCAUGCUUUCACGACGAACUUCCCUUUCAUUGAGCUCGUGAAAGCGUACCUAUGCUAUGCAUUGUUGAGGUCGUGCGUUUCGCCAACCGCAGCAGUUUUCCAGCUUGCAGUGAACAUCUUUCUGAUAAUGAUGCAGCGCUACAGGGAAAGCCUGAAGGCGGAGUUGGGAAUAUUUUUCAACUUGAUUGUUUUGCGGUCGUUGGAGAUCGAGUGUUCGAUUCAUCAGAAGACGGCAGUGCUGAAGAUGCUGGAGAAGGCUUGCAACGAUCCGCAGAUGCUGGCAGACAUUUUUGUGAACUACGAUUGUGAUCUGGACGCUACGAACUUGUUUGAACGCAUGGUGAAUUCGCUAUCGCGACUUGCCCAAGGGACGGCGAAUGGAGAUCCCAGCGCCGCGAAUGCGUCGCAAAACAUUGCGCUGAAAGCCUUGGCUCUUCAAUGUCUGGUGAGCGUGCUGAGGUCACUGGGAACGUGGACAUCGAAACAGAGGGGGAACAGGCCAGUGUUUCCCGACCUGACCGUCGCCGACGUGGAGGUUGACUCUGGUGGGGUGAACGGUGGCGGUACUGAGGCGGAUGUGAAGGAGGACGCGAAGGUCGUGACCCAAGCGAAUGAGUUCGAGAAAGCAAAAGCUCUGAAGGUCACCAUGGAGAGCGCGGUUGCCAAGUUCAAUAUGAAGCCGUCAAGUGGGAUCAAGUUUCUUUUCGAGCACAACCUGGUGGCCAAGGAGCCAAAAGCAGUCGCUCAGUUUCUAAGGGAUUCUCCGGGGUUGGACAAGACGAUGAUCGGAGACUACUUGGGGCAGCACGAGGAGUUUCCGCUGGCAGUGAUGCAUGCAUUCGUUGAUGCACUGAGCUUUAAGGAUAUGAAGUUCGACAAAGCCAUUCGGAUGUUCCUGAACGGGUUUCGUCUUCCUGGCGAAGCGCAGAAGAUCGAUCGCAUCAUGGAGAAGUUUGCGGAGAGGUACUGCCGAGACAAUCCAAAUCUGUUCAAGAACGCGGACACUGCGUACAUACUGGCAUAUGCAGUGAUCAUGCUGAACACGGACGCCCACAACCCCAUGGUGACCAACAAGAUGAGCAAGUCCGACUUCGUGCGCAUGAACUCGUCCAGCGACGUGGACGAACAUGCUCCUGCGGAACUGUUGGAGGAAAUAUACGAUUCCAUAGUUCGAGAGGAGAUAAAGCUGAAGGACGACGACUCGAAGAGGGAGAGGCCGGAAGAGAGAAGCUCGCUGGUGAGCAUAUUGAACCUGGGUGGAUUUCGAGGAAGAGGUGCUGCCGAUACGAAGAAAGAGAGCGACGAGUUGAUCGAGGUGACGCAGUCGAUAUUCAAGAAAGCGGGGUUCAAGAAAGGGGUGUUCCACAAAGCGGAACACGAGGACCUGGCUCGUCCAAUGCUGGAAGCCGUGGGAUGGCCGUUGCUGGCAGCAUUUUCUGUGACGAUGGAGGACAGCGACAACAAGUCGCGAGUUCUGCUGUGCAUGGAAGGGGUUCGACUUGGCAUACACCUGACGAAGGCACUGGGAAUGGAGACCAUGCGCUAUGCGUUUCUGACGUCUUUAGUGAGAUUCACGUUUUUGCAUGCGCCGAGGGAGAUGCGAUCGAAGAACGUGGAGGCUUUGAAGACGCUGCUAUCUAUGUGCCAGAACGAACCAGAGGCGUUGCAGGACACAUGGAAUGCUGUUCUGGAGUGCGUGUCGAGGCUGGAGUUCAUAAUCACGACGCCGGGGAUGACAUCGACGUUGAUGCAGGGCAGCAACCAGAUAUCUCGGGAUUCUCUGGUGCUUUCGUUGACGGAGCUGACAGGGAAGCCGACGGAACAAGUGUUUGUGAACAGUGUGCGGCUGCCAAGCGACGUGAUCGUGGAGUUCUUUGGGGCUUUGUGCGGGGUAUCAGCCGAAGAGUUGAGGCAGUCUCCACCGCGGGUGUUCAGUUUGACGAAGCUGGUGGAGAUCAGCUACUACAACAUGACGCGAAUUCGAAUGGUGUGGGGCAGGAUAUGGGCAGUUCUUUCGCUGCACUUCAUUGCAGCUGGAAGUCAUUCGGAGGAGAAGAUUGCGAUGUAUGCGAUCGACUCUCUGAGGCAACUGGCGAUCAAGUAUCUGGAGAGGGCGGAGUUGGCGAACUUCACAUUCCAGAACGACAUUCUGAAGCCUUUCGUGGUGAUAAUGCGGAGCAGCAAGAACCCGAGCAUCAGGGCUCUGAUCGUGGACUGCAUUGUACAGAUGAUCAAGUCGAAGGUUGGGAGCAUCAAAUCCGGGUGGCGGAGCGUGUUCAUGGUGUUCACCACAGCCGCGUACGAUGGCGUGGUGUCCAUAUCCGACGUUGCUUUCGAGAAUGUGGAGCAAGUUGUGCUGGAACACUUUGAUCAGGUGGUGGGAGAUUGCUUCAUGGACUGCGUGAAUUGCUUGAUUGCAUUUGCAAACAACAAGAUCAGUCCACAGACGAGUCUGAAGGCUAUUGCCCUGCUUCGAAUCUGUGAGGAUCGGCUGGCAGAUGGUCAGAUAGCCGGUGGCGUGUCGAAGACAGGGGAGAACGGAGAUCAGUCGGACCUGGAGGUAGCGGAGUACUACUGGUUCCCAAUGCUGGCCGGGUUGUCGGAUCUGACGUCGGAUCCGCGAACGGAAGUGAGGAACUGUGCUUUGGAGGUUCUGUUCGACCUGCUGAAGGAGCGUGGGAAGAACUUUUCGGGACCUUUCUGGGACAGCGUGUUCCAUCGUGUGUUGUUUCCCAUCUUCGACUACGUUCGUCAUGCUGGUAAAGAUGGGGAAAAGCCGGCAUCUGCAGAUCAGUGGCUUCGGGAGACUUGCAUACACUCGCUUCAGCUGUUGUGCGACCUGUUCAGCAGUUUCUACAAGGAGGUUUCUUUUCUGUUACCGGCAUUGUUGGGGUUGUUGCUGGACUGCGCUACUCGACCGGAUCAAACAUUGGCAGCAAUUUCGAUGGGUGCUCUGGUGCGGCUUGCUGAAGUUGGUGGACACCAGUUCAACGACAAGGAUUGGAGCACUGUUCUGGACAGCAUUCGGGAUGCGUGUCAGAGCACCCAACCAGUGGAACUGAUGAAGCCGGAGAGCAUGGUGACGUUGGGGUCGGAUUUGGUUUCGGGACCGGGCAGGCUGUCAAUUGCGACCCCUCCAUCGAGCAUGCGAGGAGGUCACACCCCAGGCGGACAACCAGAGGCAGAGGCAGAGCAUUCGGUAGCUCACGAGAACGGUGCGGUUGAAGGAACGCCGAAGAGCGUGAGCAACGGGGACGCAUCGAAGAUGAACCGUCGGUUGAGCUUCGAUUCAGUGGCAGAGGAGCGGGUGGAAAGACUGAGCAUUGCGGAGUCCGAAGGUUUUGAAGCACCAGGUUCGGUGGCUUCUCCGAGGGACGCCAAGGCAGCGAAUCUGGCGAGUGGGCGGACUUUCAUGAGCAAUGUGAUGGACACACUGCUGAUGAGGAACACGUCAUUCAGGAGUGCGAAGAGCAAACCCACAGAUGUUGGUGUGCAAAGUUCUUUGCAGGAUGUGGAUGUGAUGGAGCUUGGCCCCGACGGGAGCGAAGCAGAGAGUCCGUUUCUGCAGGACGUGAGGACGAAAUGCGUGAUACAGCUUUUGCUGUUGGGCGCGCUGGAUAGUCUGCAGAGGAAUCACUGGCAGAGAUUACAGGCGUCACACAAGCGAUUGAUGAUGGAUACAGUGUUGUCGAUGGUGGAAUUCGCGGGUUCUUACAACAGCGACUCGAACCUUCGGAGUAGAAUGCAGCAUGUCGCUGGAGAUAGGUCUCCUCCGAAUCUGCUGCGGCAGGAAACCGAAGGCACGAAGAUUUACCUUGCAGUGCUGAACAAGACCGCGAGCGGGGGUGGUGAUGAAGCGAGGGAUGAUGAGAUGACGGAGCAGGGUGGUGACGGUCCCAACAGUGGUGAUACGACGUGGAAAGGUGGGGAGCAGGAGCUGAGAGAGGAGGCGGAGAGGCGGCUGGUGUCGUUUUGUGGGGACGUAUUGAGAGAAGUGGCGACAUUGCAACCGGGUCCAAGCGAGGCUGUGGAGUCCGACGUCCACCGAGCGCUUGAUCUACGGUCACCGGUGACUGUGCAGGUUUUGAAGGCGAUGAGGGAGAUGGACAGAAGGCUGUUCAGGAAGCAUCUAGAAGAGUUCUACCCUUGGUUUACCAAGCUUAUCUGCAGUGAUCAGAUGGACGUGAGGAGAGCUCUGGGAGAGUUAUUUAGGGUGCAAUUGGUGGCACUUCUGCCGUGAUUGUGGGUAGGAUGGGGGCAUUAGGUGGGGGGGGGGGAGUGGAGCAAUUUGGAGGGUGGGUUGUUGUUGAUAGAGAAGUAGGUGUGAGCGACAUUGGACAGGCGAUUGUCCGUUGUAGAUGAUAGAGUAGUGGAGACGGAACCAUUAUUUGAGAGGCAGAAUUGUUUUGCGGAGCAAGGAUACCUUGGCAACGUGGGAGGGGCACUCGCGAGUGCGCUGGAGUAUUGUCCAGUGUUGUGGACCCCGUGCAGUAAAGAUUGGAAUUGCUUCUGAA